AUGCCUAAUAAGUAUAUUACAUUUUGUAUGUUUUAUAAAAAAAUAUUAAAUGAGGAAUAUCCUCAUUUAAAACCUCAAGAGAAAGCCGCAAAGGCUGGCGAGCUGUGGAGGUUCUUACCAAAUAAAUUGAAAAAUUCAUUUGAACUUUAUGCCACUUAUGAAAAUCAUCUCGAACAAUUGAGAGCACAAAAUUCAAAUACAAAAAUUAAAAAAAGGCCGAUCCUUCCUUAUCCAGAUUUCCAAACCGUAUUCGAUAGCAAUCAGGAAACGGAUACUUCACAUUUAACUGAAGUAACUGUAAAUGAAGACGACCAAAUAUUCAAUGAAAUGUACAAUAUGUGCAUAAAUGAGAAUGCCUCAUUGUAA